CGACGCGCAGUGGCUUGCUUCCAUAUCGCCUCCAUGGAACAACAGCAUGCAUCGCCUCCGCAAUCAGGCCCGCCCCCUGGUAUCGUUCCUCGCUUUAUCAGGACCUUCAGCAAGGGCAGCGCUACAAUAGAACAAUCAACGUCCACCGCACAUGCAGACGAGCCUGAGGCAGCUUUAUCACCCUCCACAUCAAAACUUCCAAAAGCGAAGAUAAACGCAGUAGACAAGUUCUUAAAGUAUGCACGCAGGGCGAAGAGCGCAAGUUUUCCUCCGUCCUCCUGGUUCGUGGAGGAAGACAACCAAGUUCAACAACCGACCACUCCCACUGCUGCAUCCCUUCCUGCUACCCCCAUCAUUGAUGAUGAGAUCCAGGAGGCAAGCAGCAGUGCGACUGAUGGUCUGGUUCAAUUCCAUGGAGCAGAAGGUGGCAUUGACAGCGAACCACCAGAACCUGACACACUCGCUCGCAAAAUCCAAGCUAUGAUCGCAUCAUUACCUUCCAUGCCAUCUGGGCUAUCCACUUCUUUCCCACAGUUUCAUACUACACCGUCGGGAGGGCAAGUCAUAGAUCACAAUGACGACCCUUCAAUCUCCCCCACAGGAGUUUCCGACUCAAAGUUGAUGGCAUUCCUCACUUCAUUCACCGCCAUGAAUGGGUCAAUUGAUCGUGGAAGAGAGUCUGUGUGGUCUGUAUUAGACCGAUUGCGAUCCCCUCUCACCAAGAAGGAUGGCAUCGUUGAUCCAAAUACAGACGAACUGCGCAUAGGCGCGGAGUAUGAAGAUGACAAUGGAUCGGUGAUGAUGUACGGGCCUUUAGAACCCACGGAGGACUCGGAGAUAGAGAUAGCACGCUCUGAGAUUGUCUCGCUCAAUGGAGAUGGAGAAGAGAUCCGCACGCCCCAGCUGAAAUUCGUUCCCCUUCCUUCAGAGUCUAUUGAACAAGUAUUCGCACAGAGCGAGAGUUUUGAUAGACGCAAGGGGAAACAAAGGGCGGGCCCUGAGCAAUUUGCAUCCAGCAGCAGAGUCGAACCAGAGGACAUGUCUGCUGUUGGUGUAAUGGAAUUGACACCAGAAUAUCGUGUCUGGCUCCCAUCGCCCACAAAAAUCUCCAUUCAAGCAAUGUGGUGGGGCUUCCGUAUUUACCUUCCACCCCCCGUGCUUGAUGCGCUCAAUGACAAACAGCUUGAAGCUGCGAAACGUGCUGCCAUGAUCACAACCGCACUGAAAUGGCUACUAGAUCAUCUGCCCAUCACCCUCAUGCCGCCGCAGCUGCGUAUCCCGAUGAGUUUUCUCCGCCGACUUGUACCAUACCUCGGGUACAUCGGAGGUUUCAUUGCCUGGAGCUGGUCAGCAGUCAAAGUAUUUGAUAAAGGAUAUGGAGUCGUUCUCACCGCCACUUGGAUCCUCCCAAUCGCCCUCAUACCGGGAACGUGGGAGGCAAGCGAUUUUCCAGCAUUGCAAGCGGAGCCCCAGACUCCCGCUUGGUCGAAGUAUUAGUCUUGUUGUUUGAUGUUUCUUGGGACUCGUGAAUUGCUACACACAGGGACUGUAUCAAUGUUAUUCAUGGGGUCUGUAGCUGUAUAUACCCAACGAUGUGUGUUUUGAGCUCAUUCA